AUGCUAAUCAGCGCUGCUGGUGGCAUGGGAUUUUUACUAUUUGGCUAUGAUCAAGGUGUCAUGGGUGGCAUCAUUUCAUCGGAGUCGUUUGUGAAGCAAUUCAACAACCCUUCUACAUUGCAACAAGGGUUGAUUACCGGUCUAUAUGAUAUUGGUUGCCUGUUCGGGUCAUUGUUCACAUUUGUGACCGGCGAAGCACUUGGAAGAAGGAGGUCUAUUUAUGUCGGUUGUGUCAUUGUCAUGGUCGGAACUAUUCUUCAAGCCACGGCUCAAGUCAUUCCGCAUCUGAUUGUGGGACGAAUUGUGACGGGAGUGGGUGUAGGAAUUAUGACUUCGAUCGUGCCAACGUGGCAAUCCGAAGUUUCUGCAGCCAACGAACGAGGCAUCUAUCUCACGCUCCAGAGUGGCAACAUCAACACCGGCUUCGUACUCUCGAACUGGAUUACGCUUGGGGCUUCCUAUGCAACGACCGAGUUCCAGUGGAUUUUUCCUAUCUGCGUACAACUUAUAUUUGCCUUGUAUCUACUCGUGAAUGUUCCAUUCCUCGUCGAGUCCCCGCGGUGGGUGGCAAAUCAUAGGUCUGUAGAGGAAGCCACAAAGAUUAUCGCACGCUUGCAGGAUCGUGACGAAGACCACGAAGAUGUAUUGAAAGUUCGUGAUGAAAUCUGCAGAGCCCUAGAAGAGGAAGGACAUAUCUCGUGGUUUGAUCUCUUUAGGAACGGAGGACAGCAGAACUUCCGCCGUAUGCUUUUAGGAUUCGGAGUUUUGUACAUGCAACAGUUGACGGGAAUCAACUCCAUUGCUUACUAUAUGCCUGUCGUGCUAGGCGAGUAUCUUCCGUUGUCAAGCUCAAUGACUCAUAUAAUCGCUGCUGUUGCUGCCACUCAAUAUCUAUUCUUCUCAUUCCUGCCGGUUGUGUUCAUUGAAAAGGUUGGUAGGCGGACUAUCAUGUUAUGGGGUGCGGCGGCGUUGAUGCUUUUUUCCGCUUUGAUUGCCGUUGGAUUCAACGUCCCCGGCCAAGGAGGAGCCAUAAUGACCGUGAUUAUGUAUUGUCUAUUCUAUGAUGCGUUUGGAAUGAGCUACCUCAACGUCCCGUGGAUGUACGCUCCAGAAAUCAACUCGUUGAAAUUGCGGUCAAAGGGUGCUGCUAUAGCUUCUGCAUCCAACUGGCUCUUCAACGGUAUCGUUGUCACCAUCACGCCCUCCACUCUCGCUGCAAUUGGUUAUAAAUACUACGUUGUUUGGGCUGUCUUUAAUGCAUCGUUCAUUCCAAUGGUGUAUUUUCUCUACCCCGAAACGAAAGGCUUGUCUCUGGAGCAAAUUGACCAUAUAUUUGAGGGCCGAGGCCAGGGAUGGAGUUGUCUCACCCAGGGCGUCCGAGAAAGUAUCAAAGGGGCUGCAGCAAUCGAAGCGGCUCGACCGGAGCAUUUGCGACUCCGUGAUGCUGAGAAUGCUCUACAAGAUUCCUCGGGCUCGGUUGGUGAUAAGGAUGUUCCAACUUCCGUCAACCUUGAGCAUGCGAAUUAG